AUGACGGUGAGAGGCCCUCCUGCCGCAGGAGCAUUUAAAGAGAGACCAACCAAGCCCACAGCGUUCCGGAAAUUUUAUGAGCGAGGAGACUUCCCCAUUGCCCUGGAGCACGACUCGAGAGGAAACAAAAUAGCCUGGAAGGUGGAGAUUGAGAAGCUGGACUACCACCACUACCUGCCUCUGUUCUUCGACGGGCUCUGUGAAAUGACAUUUCCCUACGAGUUCUUCGCCCGGCAAGGAAUCCACGACAUGCUGGAGCACGGAGGGAACAAGAUCCUCCCUGUCAUCCCACAGCUCAUCAUUCCCAUCAAAAAUGCCUUGAACCUCCGGAACCGGCAGGUCAUCUGCGUCACCCUGAAAGUGCUCCAGCACCUGGUGGUGUCGGCCGACAUGGUGGGGGAAGCGCUGGUGCCCUACUACCGCCAGAUCCUGCCCAUCCUGAACAUCUUCAAGAACAUGAACCUGAACUCCGGAGACGGCAUCGACUACAGCCAGCAGAAGCGCGAGAACGUGGGGGACCUGAUCCAGGAGACGCUGGGGGCCUUCGAGCGCUACGGGGGCGAGGAAGCCUUCAUCAACAUCAAGUACAUGGUCCCCACCUACGAGUCCUGCCUGCUGAACUAGCGCGGGGACGGCGGGUCGCAGGGAGCCCCGGGGCCCAGGGCCCGCGCGUCCCGCCCUCGGUGGCCCCCUCCAGCUGCUGCAGCAGCGGGUCCGGCCGGGCCGCGAGCCCUGUUGGGGCCGAGCCUUUCCGAUACAUAAAUAGUGCCUGUUUCUUAGAUUACAACAGUGUACUGUGCUCAUUUGUCCCGGGAGGAGAAUCGGCUCCUUGUGCGGCUCGCACGGAACAGGAGUCCGAGCCCAGCCUCCCGUUGUGUAGACAAUAAACUGUAACUUUCAUACGCGA